AUGGACAAAGAUUAAGAGACUAAUAAUUUGGCUAGUACUCCUAAAAAUACUACAUAAUCUCCUUUAGAUUAUAAAGUAGAAGAAACAGACUCAUUUUGGAAUUACAAUCUUCGACAAAAAGGAAAUCUUAAUUUAUAAAGGAUAUUUGAUUAUAACCCCAAGAGUGAUGAAUUAAUUUAAUAGGUUGAGCAAAAUAUUAAAUUUCUAUUAAAGCCAUAGAUUGAUUAGUUUUUAAAAAUAAAUAAAAUAAAUGUAAAAUUGCUUAAAUAUCCGAAGAUUGAAUGGAUUCCAUUAAAAAAAUAAGUUUAAAAAAUCAAAAAAUCAAACUUACCAAUCGACACUUAAGUCUUUUUACUAUUACACUAUAAUCAGAAUGUUAUAAUACACAAUAUCUCACCAUAAUCUGUGCAUUAAUAUACAAACUACUUUCAAAUUGACUAAAAUAUAAAAAUUAGAAGUUUAAGAUGUCCAAUUUAAAUACAAUUUUACUACUGA